AGACUAUUUUCAGGUUUCGGUCAGUAUUUGACUCUCUGACAAAGCUGAAACUUUCAAAAAAGCAUUAUCACCUACAUCUAGGUUGUUUCCCAAUCACCUAAUUGAAUCAAGAUGUAUUCCUUGGGUCUACUGGUGUUCACCGUCAUCGCUUUGUCUCAGACAGGCUCAGCUGAAUACUGCUUCUCGUGCUUCUCGACACGGAGUAAUAUCCAAUUCGACAUGUUCGAAGGGCAGCAGGGAUCAAACGGUACGGUUCGUAACGAAACCGGAACACACCCCACAAACACCACAUCAUGGCCUGAUCACGGUGACCAUGGUGACUGCUAUUACCCGAGCGAAUUUCAACGAAUGUACUGCGGGGACGGAUCCGGUUGUGAGAAGUUGAAUGCUGAAGUUUUGUUCACCUAUAUGGAAGGAGGCAAUACACAGUGGGGAUCCUUCCAUGUGAUAUAUAUGGGAUGUGGUACAUCAAGUCACUCUGCUGGCUGCGAGGCUUCACCUGGCUCAGUCCUUGAGUAUCUUCUGCCGUAUAAGGAUGGCAUUGAUUAUCGGAUUGGGAAGAGCCUCGAUUGGGACGAGGUACUAUCUGGAAAAGCUUGCAGUUGUUCUGGAGAUUUCUGCAAUGCCGCCACCAACGUCAAUAUGAACUGCAGUCUGAUGAUUAUACUUUCUCUGUUAACCUUCUUUUGGAACAAGUUCUAAGAAAAAAAAACAUGUUGAAAAAACAAUAUGUAACGUGAACAUGGAAUACACUAAUUCACAUUGAUAAGAAGAUGCAUUAACAUGUAUACACAUACAAAUUAAUAAAUAAACUAACAAAAAUUUGUCAUUAGUAUGGCUAGAGACAUUUUCUGAUUUAAGUUGAAUCUAGGAGACUGAGACCGUUUUUCAACAGUUUCAUUAUAUUUCAAAUCAAAAUAAGAAUAUAAUUUAAUAUUUAACUGAAUAAGAAUUGAGUCCAUCCCAAUCCUUGGCAAAAUGGAAAACAUAAUUAUGCCGGUUGAUGUAAUUUUUUAAAAAGUUUAAUCAUUAUUGUGGCUCCUCGCUUCAUUAGAAUUCUUCAUUUAAUCCAUUACUCGAAAUUUAGUGUUGAAUCGUAAAUUUGUAGAAUAUAAUACUUCAAUUAAUGUAUUUUUAUUUAAUGUAUUCAUUGAUUCAACGAGUGACAAACAAUAAAUCCCUUUUAGCAUAAACCCCAAUUGUGUAGCAUGUAUCAUAUAAAUAUAUGUUUUGCUUUAAUCGUUUUUAAACAGCAAACUGACACAUAUGCACGCAAACAUGGCAAAGUCACGAUCAGGAAGUAAAAUUAUACGACAAGUGAGGAUCUAACUGUACAGCAAACAUAGCAAUGAAUAUAUUUCGCGAAUUACACGUUCAUUAUACCAACAUAGUGUCAAAUCUAUACAAACAAAAUUAUUAACUUCACACAACAAGUCAUCGUUUUUAUCAGGAUAAACUGUAUGUGAGAUUGUAUUGUUCGUAAAUGUCGGUUCUCAAUAAAUGUGUCACCAUUAUUCAUUAUGAGAGACGAGGUCGACAAUUCUUUUCUUAAGUUAGCACUGGGCAGAGCCGCAAAUAAAAAUAAUAAUGAUAAUGAUGAUAAUAAUAAUAAUAAUAAUGAUAAUAAUAAUUAAAACAAACUUGUUGGCAUUGC